AUGUCGUCGUCGGCCGUCGUCGCGUCCUCCACCACUUUCCUCGUCGCGCUCGCUUCGGCUUCCCCACGGGGAGGCCCCUCCGGGCGGGGGAGGGUGGCCGCGCCGGCGCCGCUGGCACUUCGUGAUGGCAGCGGGAGGGCGCUGGCUCUGCGUUGCGCGCAGCGGGCGCCUCGGCGUCGGGAUGCGUUCGUGGCGCGCGCGGACGGCGGGGAGAACGAGGAGCCGGAGCGGGAGGACGACGACGACGUGGCUGUUGGAGGGUGGCAGCAGCCCCGCUCACGGCGCGGUGGCGUCGGCGUGGGCAAGGUCGCCAAGCGGAGGGGCUCCGUCCCGCCUGUCGGCCGUUACGGCUCCGGUGAAGCGGCAAGGGGGCGCGGGACGGCCGCGCCGGCGCCGAGACAGGACGCCGCCUCAAGCCAGAACAGGUCGAUUCUUAGCGGAGAUGACAAACCUGCCUCUGCCUCCAGCCAGAACGGAUCGCUUGUUAGCGGUGACGGCAAACCUGCCGCCGCCACGCCGUCGAUCACCACACUGAAGGUCCCAGCACCGGACUCCGGCGUGAUCCCAUCUGUAGACAAGUCGCUGGAGAUCGCCAUCCCAGAUAAGAUGGGGCCGACGCCGCCAUCGCCGUCCGUUUCAGGUUUAGGGUCAUCAGCACCUUUUCCCAGGCUUGACUCAGCUGAGAAUUCGGAACUCACAGAGGAGAUGAGUGAAAGAGUUGUUCAAAGUGCUCCGAAGCGAGAGGCACCUUCUUCCCCUAUUCCAGCGGUACAAGAGGAGGCAUGGGAUUUCAAGAAAUAUAUCGAUUUCAACGAGCCAAUCGCAGAGAAGGAUUAUGACUGGGUUGAUGAAGAUGCUGCCGAUUCUUCUGAUAACCACAAGGAUUACGAUUCCGGCUCUCUGGCUGGUGAGAAUGUCAUGAACGUGAUCGUGGUGGCUGCUGAAUGUUCUCCCUGGUGCAAAACAGGUGGACUUGGAGAUGUUGCUGGUGCUUUACCCAAGGCUUUAGCAAGGAGAGGGCAUCGUGUUAUGGUUGUAGUACCAAGGUAUGGGGAUUACGAGGAAGCCCAAGAUGUAGGAAUCAGGAAAUACUACAAGGCUGCCGGACAGGAUCUGGAAGUAAAAUAUUUCCAUGCUUAUAUCGAUGGAGUUGAUUUUGUGUUCAUCGACGCUCCUCUGUUCCGCCACCGUCAGGAUGAUAUCUAUGGGGGAAGCAGACAGGAAAUCAUGAAGCGCAUGAUUCUGUUUUGUAAGGCUGCUGUUGAGGUUCCCUGGCACGUUCCAUGCGGUGGUGUACCCUACGGUGAUGGCAACUUGGUGUUCAUUGCAAAUGAUUGGCACACUGCACUCCUACCCGUUUAUCUGAAGGCAUAUUACAGAGACCAUGGCACGAUGCAGUACACUCGCUCUGUCCUGGUCAUACAUAAUAUCGCUCACCAGGGCCGUGGCCCAGUAGAUGAGUUCCCCUACAUGGAUUUGCCGGAACACUACGUGGAGCACUUCAAGCUGUACGACCCCGUCGGUGGCGAGCACGCCAACAUCUUCGGCGCGGGCCUGAAGAUGGCCGACCGGGUGGUCACCGUGAGCCCCGGCUACCUUUGGGAGCUGAAGACGACGGAGGGCGGCUGGGGCCUCCACGACAUCAUACGCCAGAACGACUGGAAGAUGAACGGCAUCGUGAACGGCAUCGACUACAGGGAGUGGAACCCGGAGGUGGACGUGCACCUGCAGUCGGACGGCUACACCAACUACACCCUGAGCUCGCUGGACGCCGGCAAGAGGCAGUGCAAGGCGGCCCUGCAGCGCGAGCUGGGCCUGGAGGUGCGCGACGACGUGCCGCUGAUCGGGUUCAUCGGGCGGCUGGACGGGCAGAAGGGGGUGGACAUCAUCGGCGACGCGGUGCCGUGGAUCGUGGGGCAGGACGUGCAGCUGGUGAUGCUGGGCUCCGGCCGCCGCGACCUGGAGGUGAUGCUGCAGCGGCUGGAGGCGCAGCACGGGAGCAAGGUGCGCGGGUGGGUGGGGUUCUCGGUGCCGAUGGCGCACCGGAUCACGGCCGGCGCCGACGUGCUCCUCAUGCCGUCGCGGUUCGAGCCGUGUGGGCUCAACCAGCUCUACGCCAUGGCGUACGGCACCGUCCCCGUGGUGCACGCCGUCGGCGGGCUGAGGGACACCGUGACGGCGUUCGACCCGUUCGGCGACUCCGGCCUCGGCUGGACGUUCGACCGCGCCGAGCCGCACAAGCUCAUCGAGGCGCUCGGCCACUGCCUCGACACGUACCGCAGCUACAAGGAGAGCUGGAGGGGGCUCCAGGUGCGCGGCAUGUCGCAGGACCUCAGCUGGGACCACGCCGCGGAGCUCUACGAGGAGGUCCUCGUCAAGGCCAAGUACCAGUGGUGAACAGCCCGCGCCCCGGCCGGCCGACCGCUCGCUCACACCGUCGUCGCCAUGCAUGGACCGCGCGCCCGGUCCCGGCGGCCGGCGCGCAGUACGUUCGGCCUCGAUCCAACGCCGGCGUCUGCGCGUGCCAAAUCUAGCUAAGGCUCGCUCAGCUCCAUGAACAAUCUUGAUGCGGCGGCCGCCAUGAAGGAGGUGCGUGUGCGACGGCGCCGGCGCCCGCAGGGGAGGUGAUUGUGUUGUGCUGACUGAGCUAGUGCGUGUGUGUUGAGGUGCUGUAAGGCUCCGGUUGUGCUUUCAUGGCGAGGUAGUGGAGGGUAGGGAUAAAGGGAUGGGGGAGUAGAAUUGUGUUGUGCUUCAUGGCGAGGUUGUGCUCCAUGAAGAAACAAGCUUUUUGUUUCUGAUACAUCAUGCAUGCGUAGGAUGUUGGGCUUGAUAAAUGUGUUUGCUAUGUCCUUUUGAUGCAAUGUUAGGAGGGUGUUUGGGAAAGCCCAUCGGAUGUUUGGAUAUUUAUUAUAAAUAGUAAAUA